CCACGGUGUCACGUGACAGAAGUCAGACAUGGCGUCCUCCCGAAGACGGCUUGUGUGUUUACGCUCCGGCAUUUGGAGCUUGUUACUUUACUGCGUUUAUUCUCAUAUAAAGCUUGUUCUGUCGGAGGAGGUGGACAGCUGCGACAAUCUCAGUCUCGGACAGUAUCUCUGCAACGACCCUAAGAUUGACGAAGCCACCCAGGAGCCGAAAAACUGCAGGGACACAACAGCCUGGGUGGAGUGCCUUCCAGCUCCGAACAUCAGCUGUCGGCUCUCCAACGGGAUGGAGUUCAGGUUCAGCGGGGAGGAGGUGGGCUUCAACAAAACCAUCCCUUGCAGGAACGUGAGUGGUUAUUCAUACAAAGUAGCUGUGGCUUUGUCUCUGUUCCUGGGCUGGCUGGGGGCAGACCGCUUCUAUCUGGGAUACCCUGCUCUAGGACUGUUGAAGUUCUGUACCGUUGGCUUCUGUGGAAUCGGCACUCUGAUCGACUUCAUAUUGAUCGCCAUGCAGAUCGUGGGCCCCGCGGACGGAUCGAACUACAUCGUGGAUUAUUACGGCGCCCGGCUGACCCGCCUGUCCAUCACCAACCAGACCUACAGGAAGCCACACCUCUCUCUGUGAACACAACGCUGUCCGUAAUGUAAAUACAGAGAGGACUGCACACGACAGAGGAUACACUCAACUUUAUCGACGGGCUGACCCCCACAUUGAAGAAUGAACAGUUUAAGGAUCAAAGUCGAUCAACCCGAUGGAUCAGAAGGCAUUUAAAGGGCCACGCCGCAUGUUUCUGGACCCUGAGCUCACACACUGUACAGCUCCACGUUUUGUCCCUUUAGGUUUCCUUUCUAUCUUCACAUCUGUCCAGCUGCUCAGUUUUUCUGUUUAAAAAAAAAGAUGUUGUUGUAUUAUAUUGUAUUAUUAUUAUUGUGACAUUUCGCUGCUGUUCAAUCCUUUAAGUUAUGAUGCUUUUCCACAACAACAGACUUUGUAAUAAAAAGUUUCUUUUUG